AAAAAAAUUAAAUAUGUGUAUAUAGUUAAAGUUAAUAUUCUUGGCUACAGGACGCUGACUUCAGAGAGCCUCCGAUCUGUGAAUCGGCGCUUCCGAAGAAAGCCGAAUGUGGCUCGGUUAAGUUCGGUUGCACGCGCACAAGGGCUUGGUCCGGGGUGUAGCGCGAGCACCGGCUCAUGUUCUCGAGCAUGCGGCCAGAUAUUUAACACCGAGGCAUGCUGAGCAAUAGCGUGUUAAAAUCUGACACGGGCUCCUGCAGCUGUAGAAGAUGUCAGAUGUCACCAAGACCGUCCAGAAGUGGCAUGCAAGUUUAAAAAAGGGCACGGACUUUGAUUCGUGGGGGCAGUUGGUGGAGGCAAUUGAUGAGUACCAAAUACUCGCACGGCAGCUGCAAAAAGAGGUUCAGUCAUCAAACUCUCAGGAUUUCACAGAGGAGCAAAAGAAAACUCUGGGGAAAAUUGCAGCAUGUCUUGAAAUGCGGAGUUCAUCCUUACAGAGCACACACUCCCAGGAGGAGUUUACCUUACAGGAUCUGAAGAAACUGGAACCCAUCAUCAAAAAUAUUCUCACUUACAACAAAGAUUUCCCCUUCGAUGUCCAACCAGUGCCUUUGAGGAAAAUCUUUGCACCAGGUGAGGAAGAGAACCUAGAUGUUGAAGAGGAGCUGGACACGGCGAUGGGGACGGGAUUAAUCCAGUCCUUUCCUACCAGAGUAUCAGGUACUUUAUUACCUCGGCUUCCCUCCGAGCCUGGAAUGACCCUGCUGACUCUGAAAAUUGAGAAGAUCGGUUUAAAAGAUGCGGGACAGUGCAUCGAACCUUACAUGACGAUUAGCGUCCGAGACCUGGAUGGUGUGGAAUUGAACCCUGUUCAGGACACUCCAGUCUCAACACACAAAGAAGAUACCUACAUUCAUUUCGAUGUAGAUGUGGAAAUCCAGAAACAUAUCGAGAAACUACCAAAAGGGGCUGCUAUUUUCUUUGAAUUCAAACACUACAAGCCCAAGAAGAAGUUCACCAGUACCAAGUGUUUUGCCUUUAUGGAGAUGGAUGAAAUCAAACCUGGCCCCAUUGUGAUCGAGCUGUACAAGAAGCCAACAGAUUUCAAGCGGAAGAAACUCAACCUCCUUACGAAGAAACCACUUUACCUUCACCUCCAUCAAACUCUACACAAAGACUGAGCAACACAUGAGCCAGCGAUCAUGAGGAACAGCACUCUUCUCACCUGCCAGCAUUUUUUUUUUUGGUUAUCUGUCUGAAGCAUUGUCUUGAUAAGAACAUAACAAUAUGCUUUGUAGGUUUGAUGGAAACAUGGGAUGGUCAAGCAUCCAACAGUGUGUGUGUUCUCAUGAUGGUCUAUUGUUUAUUACCACUACAGAACAAGUUCUCUACUAACUCAGCACUUAAUAACACCAUCACAACUAGCAAAUGCUUUCUGUAGCCAUCUUUCUCUUGCAGUCUGUCUGUUCUUGUUUAAAGAGUUUCGUCCACUUUUCCAUGCAGUCUACAGAAAUAUUUUGGGAUGUCUCGCAUGUACCACACUACAUAUUUUAAAGUCCGGGGGUUGUGACGGUCAGUCCAAGAGCUUCAGUUCAUGUCGGAUUUUGAGAUAUUGUCCAGUUAUAGAAGCUUCAGUUUCUUGACCGAUGGUGUAUCGUUUGUUUCCUGUAUAACAGAUCGUUCUUUUUUAACCCUCAAAAAAUAUCUUUGGCGAUGGUGGCUGAAGAGUUCCAUCGUUGCUGCAUCAGUUCACACAUAUUUCCAAAAUGAUAUUGUUUUGUGAACGUCAGAAGUGUACUUUUGUGAUGAUCUUCGCAGGUAAGGUUUCCUUCUGAUGCCUUUUCCAUGAGGAUCAUGUUUGUCUAGGGAAAAGUGUAAGGUGGACCAGUUUUCCACCAAGUCCUGGAGGUCCAGCACCAUAUCAGUGGUUGCUGUACCUUUCUGUCCAGCAAACAUGCAGAGAGAUCUGGGUCUUCCAGAUGUUUUGUUGGCUUCAGUUCAAUUCAUUUUAAAGGAAAUUUUCAGCCCUGCCUUUGCAUCUGGAACUCUGGAAAGUUCAUGAAAUAUGACGUAACUAUGCAGAUUAACCAGGCUACAUCUAUUCAACAGCAUCUGAGGUUGUUUUAUGUAGCUAGGCAUGUUCGUUUACCUGACUAAUCUAACCAACUAAUCAGUUAUCUCACUCACCUAGACAUACACAAAUCUAACAUUAAGAAUAAAUGACCUUUGAUUUAAACCCUGAGGUGGAAUGGGUCUGUUUGCCUUGCACAGAAUCUCCUCAAUGGUCCAAACCAUGAUUAACUACUGGAACUGGAAGCGCAGACCAAACAACGCAGAGUGAUGCACCAUAUUGCCAAAGGUUUUGGGACACCCCUCCAAAUCAUUGAAUUCAGGUGAUGUUUUUCAGGGGUUGGACUUGGCCCCUUAGUUCCAGUGAAAAGAACUCUUAAUGCUUCAGAUUCAUACCAAGACAUUUUGGACAAUUCCAUGCUCUUUGUGGGAACAGUUUGGGGAUGACCCCUUCCUGUUCCAACAUGACUGCACACCAGUACACAAAGCAAGGUCCAUAAACACAUGGAUGAGUGAGUUUGGUGUGGAGGAACUUGACUGGCCUGCACAGUGUCCUGACCUAAACCCCAUAGAACACCUUUGGGAUGAAUUAGAGCGGAGUCUGCGAGCCAGGCCUUCUCAUCCAACAUCAGUGCCUGACCUCACAAAUGUGCUUCUAGAGAGGAAUGGUCAAAAAUUCCCAUAAACACACUCCUAAACCUUGUGGAAAACCUUCCCAGAAGAGAUGAAGCUGUUAUAGCUGCAAAGGGCGGGACAACUACAUAUUACAUUCAUGUGCAUGUAAAGGGAGAUGCCCCAAUACUUUUGGCAAUAUAGUAAUAUACUGCAUCUGCACACACAAGUGGACAAGUUCAGGAAGGAGCAGAUUUUUGCCACUUUUUGCCUUUGACACUGUGAUGGUGUUUCUCCUAGACAGCAUACUGGUCUUUCCUCCCCCACUGCUGAUAUUUUCCAACAACUAGGCCACAACAAGCCAACAAGGCCUGGAUUCCCACUUCUGCUUUCACUAGUGGUCACUAUGGUGCAGAUCUGCAGGACCUGAGCCAGGUUGCUUGUUCCUUUGGGUUUGGUGUCAUCAGGACAUCACUCAGAACGUUACUUCUCUACUGGUGUACUGCACUGAGUGCAGACGGACUCGUACUUAUUUACAUUUAUCCAGAGUGAAUUAGUGUCAUUUUAUACAACUGAGCAAUUAAGGGUUAAGGACCUUGCUCAGGGGCAGCUUGGUGGACCUGGGAUUUAAACUUAGUAGUCCAACAUUUUAACCACUAAGCUACCACAUACUCUUUCCACAGUUGGAUAAAAUUUAUGCAUGACCUUAUUAGCUGAUGAUAAAUAUUUUUACAAACGACAUGACCUAAGGUUUAAUGGUCAACUAGUUAAUCAAAUAAAUAGCAGACUGGUCUUAAGCUUCCAUAGUGAUAUUUAAAAACACAUUCCAGACAUCAGUGAUCUCUACUCAGUUUCAGGUAUGUUGAAGGAUCCAGUACAAUGUCCUUUUUUCAUGUGAGGUGUAUGCAAUUAAUUUCUAAACCUCAUCUGUCCUUUAUAUGUUCUUGCUUUCAUGAUUAAGUCUAGACAGUUAUUUAAAAUGAAUCAUUAGUCUUUCUGCAUAUCUUCAGGUGGUAGGAUCAGACAAAAAGCAUGAGCAUGAACUCUACACGAUGAUGUAGCUAUUAAAGAGAAGUUUUUGAGUGUUAGUGGUCAUGUCACUAUGUUCCUGUUCUUUUGGGGAACUUGUAAAAAUAAAAUAAAUAAGGUACCACAGAAUGAUUUCUCCCAUCCACAAGGGUUAAAAAAAAGUGUGUCAUCAAAUUAUGACCUUUGCAGUUAUCAAAUCUCAGAGGUCUUUAUUACUAUGAUCAAUAAGGGAAUAUCUUUCAGAAGAACCGUGUUCCUCCUUCCAAUACACAUCCAGAGAAAGCUGUUCAAGCAGCGCAACACUUGAUUAAGACAAACCUUUACCUUUGUCACAUAUUUAUACUGAUGUUACCCUUAGAAUGUGGCCUAAAUAGAAGAUUUGUGGGAUUCAUUCAGCUAGAAGAGCAUUAGUGAUAUCAGACUCUGAUGUUGGGAUGUUGAGGAGACUCCAGGUCCAGUUCAUCCCAGUGGGGUUGAAUCAGAGUCAGUGCUCUGUGCAGGAAACUCCAGUUCUUCACUCCAACCUGCAUGUCUUCAUGGAUCUGCUUUGUGCACAGGAGCAUUGUCAUGCUGGAGCAGGGUUUGUAGCUCCACUGAACCCUACAGCGUACAGAGACGUUCUAGACACCUGUAGCAAUAGUAUGGCUGUGAUGGUAAGGGGUGUACAUACUUUUGGCCAUAUUGCAUACAUUCAUACGUACAUAAUCUUUAAAAAUCCUUGUUUUCUAACAUUCCAUAUGUCUCAUCUCUUUUCAUAAAAAGUUUGUUAUAUAAUUUCUCAGUAUUUCUAGGACAUGUACA